GAAGAAGAAGAAUAGAAAACCAAUAGAAAUUAGAAGUUAAUCUCGUUUUCGAUGAUCGUGUAUUUUCUUCAAUUACAGCGCGCAAUUCAAAUAAGUUUUUUAAUUUUACGAAGAAUCAAUUUUGUGUUAGUUUCGAAUACUAUUUGAAAGAAUUCAAGAGAACUGACAAAAAAACGGAAUUAUUUCGAAUUACAAGAAAUCUUUUUGAAUUAUAAAAAAAAAUCUAUGUUAGCGCUUCAAUUUGCAAUGACGAAAGUUAAUUACAACAUUCGCUAUGUGUCAUCGAAAAUUUGUCUCACCGUUUAAGUAAAUAGUUUUAUAAUAGAAUUUAUUCUAAUAUUCUGUUUCUUAUCUUACUUUACCUUAUAUUUUAUUUUUUGAUUUACUUAACAGAAAGAAGGAAUUUUAAUUGAAAUACUGUUUAAGAUGUGGAAGUAGUUCUCGAAUGUGUGUCAAGAGUCCAAAUUACCAAUAAGUAUAGAUAUUUUUAGGCAUGCUGACAUAAAAUCAGGCCUCUUGUGACACGUUUGCCCUGUUUCUCGUCAUUCUUAACGGAUCAAGUGUGAUAUAGAUUACGUAGCUGUAAAGAUUGUUUCAAAAUAAAAGAACGCAACAAAUAUAUAUAUAUUUCUUUUAUAUAUUCUCAGAGCGUUUAUAAAAUGCCAGAGUAUACUGCAGCUAUCUAAAUCAUAAAGCUGAUUACGCAAAUUGUAAUAAUUUCAUUAGUUCAUUAUGUGAACCAAAGUAUUUUUUUCUUUAUUAAUUAAUUAAAUACUAUUAUUUGAAAACAUUCGUUUUCUAUAAUUCUUUGACUUUAUGAACACUUAGUAUUCUAACAUUACAUAUUUAUAAACUAAAUAAUAAACUUUUCAAACAAUUAACUCAUUAAGUCAGGUAAUUAUAUUAAUUAAUUUAUUAUAUGAGGUAAUUAUAUACAAAAAAAGUAAUUACAAAAAAAUUAUAUUAUAUUAAAUAAUGUACUAUCUUUUUCAGUUUAAUUUAUAUUAAAUUUAUUAAGAAUGCUUUCUGUUAUAGCUAAAAUUAAUAAAUGUCAAAAUAUUUGUUUAUGAAAUAUCUCGUAGGUUUUUAAUAGCGAGUUUGAUAAAUCUAACAAGAAAAUUUAAUUUUCUCGGCAAAAUUACAUAAGUUGCUUUGAGAUUGAAUCUAUUAAAGUUAAAACAAGUAUAUAUACUCGCGGCAAAAAAUAUUCAAUUUAUGCAAGUAUGUGACGUCGCAUAUAAUUUUGCAAAGAAAAAAUAAUUUACCUAAGCGGAAGCCUUUCUCAUUUAUGCAAUUUAUUCUGUCACACAAUUCCCUCUAUCUUACGCUUCUGAUAUACUUGUGAUGCUACUUAGAAUGCUGAUUACUAUGACACACACUACAAUAUUAAGACUGCAAUCAUACUUAACGUUCCUUGACGCUUUACACUAAAAAAAAAAAUUACGAUAAGUUAAAAUAACAACAAGAAAAUCCCUUUAUAAUUCUUUUAUUAAUUGUUUCAAUAAUAUGACUUCUAAUAAUAACGCGUAUUAAUUAUAACUCUUUAUGAAACGUCUUUUUCUAAUUAAAGAAAAUCGUUUCUUAGCCUCAUAUUGCGGUACAACAUUAUUUGGCAACAGCCACUACUCAUGUGGAACUAUUUCAAGUUCUAUGUACAUACGCGCAUUCCCUUGAAUUUAGCGGACGCAGUCUGUGUAGAUAGGCCGGUAAAAAUAGUAAACUCGGUGGAAUUAGUCGCGUGUAUAAUCGCGCGUAUUUCAUAGUAGAGCUAUUCUUUCACUAAUUCACUAAUAUACACAAUAAUUUGUAUAACUUAAAAAUAUCCCAAUGCCACAAUAUCGUAUCUCUUAUCAAAUUUUAAAUUUUUGUGGAAUUUUUAAGAAGAUAAAUUUUGCAAACUGCGCGUUUAAAAAUCCUAUGUGAAUAGACGAUGGAUCAAGUUGUAAUUUACAUUAUAUUUUUUCGAGUAGCGGAUUGAUAGUUUUUAAACUUUUUAAAGUUUUUAUACUAUCAAAUUACAUUUAUUGAAUAAUAAUACAAUUUUUUGAAGCUUUCGGAGCUUCUAAACUCAUUUUAACUGUAAACACAUUAUUAUAACACACGAAUGUUGUCUUCAAAAUUGACAGUGCAAAGUUAACAAUGCAAACUUUACUUUGCGGAUUAUCUUCGAAAAGUCGUACUAAAACAACGUUAAAUCUGAAGCCACUGUAACAAUUCUAAUCCCAUAGAAGUAAUUUACGAGAGUGAAGUGAUGGUAGAGGAUCAUACGAUUCAACAAAAGGAGAGAAACAGAGACAGAUAGACAGCGAAACCUCGAAGAAAGAAACGAGAAGCAAUGCGGCGGUGGGGCGUUCCGACCAGAAAUAGAAAAGCAGUUCGAGGAGAGUCACUGAGUAUUAGUCGUGGUGGUGUUCCAUGUGAGUCUCUUCGUACCGAAUUGGACUCGGUAGUUUGCUUCGAAACAUGCCACGCGGUAUCUCAAUGAGAUCCUCUCUGAGGAGUCGAGAUUCGUCCUCGACGUCGACCGGAGUCGAUCCUCGGGAACGCAUCAAGGAUUGUUGCCGAAAAUUAGUGGCUUUUAUGUGCACUCAGGUUGGUGUGGGCGGUCUGGUAGUGGGCUAUACCAUUGUGGGCGCCUUUGGCUUCAUAAUAAUUGAGACAAGCGAGAAUUUGGAGGAACCAGUGUGUAAUCCGAAGUACAUUCAUACGGAAUACGCCGACAAAUUGUGGUUCAGCACCGCUAGCAAUAAGUCGGUGAACAUUUUGGAUCAAACCGCCUUCUACGUAGUGACCAACAGUAUUCUGCAACGUUUUCAAGAAAAUAUCACUAUCAACAAGCGGAAUAAGCUAAACUGUGACGGCAAAACUCCUUCCGAAAUUUGGACGUUCCCAGCAGCGUUGAUGUUCUGUCUCUCAGUGAUCACUAUGAUCGGUUAUGGCACUUUAGUUCCAAAGACCCCGUGGGGUAAAGGUGCCACUGUAAUCUACGCCGUAGUUGGCAUUCCAUUAUACGUACUCUAUUUCUUGAACAUGGGCAAGGUGCUCGCGCAAACUUUCAAGUGGCUGUAUACACGAUUGCACGAGUGCACCGGUCAGCGGAAGCCUGGUCAGAGGAUCAUUGUGCCUUCGACCGCUUGUCUUUGGGUGAUAUUCGGCUACAUAGUCGUCGGCUCGAUCAUGUACUCCAUGUGGGAAGAAUGGGAUUACCUGGAUAGCACUUACUUCUGCGUCAUUUCGCUCUCCAAGAUUGGUUUUGGUGAUUUAGUUCCAGGCUGGAGCUCACAUAAGGCUACGAAGGACAAUCAGACAAAACUCAUCAUCAACUUCGUGUACUUGCUGUUAGGCAUGGGCCUGAUAGCCAUGUGCUACAAUUUAAUGAAGGAGGAAGUAUUUGUAAAAGCUCGAGAACUCAAAGAACAGUUGAACCAAGUGAUGGACGCGGUUCAUUAUAAGUUAAUGAAAUGUUGUAAGUCAGAAUCUUUGGAUUAAGAGACCGAAAAAAGAUCACAGGAUGCAUUAUCAAAAUUGUGAAUAAUGCUAAAAUCUAUCAUAAAAAAAUGCAAAAAUACUAAUACAACGAAGGAUAUUAUAGGAAGUGAGUUUUGUAUCACUGCAUAAAUGUAAAUGUUAUCACAAGUGCAGACUACAUUUACUAAUUGUUAAGAACACUCGUCAAUAAUUAUAAACGGUUUGUAGUAUAUAGCGCUCUUCAUUAUGCUGUGUGUGACAAUUAUUAUUAUCAUAUAUAUAAUAAUAACGACCAUAUUUCAAUUUUGAUACAGAGAGAUAAGAGAUUCUCAACUAAGAAAUAAGUUAUCCCAUUUUCGACACGUGAUUGUUAAAUAUUUGGAAGUUAAGGAACAAAAUUGUAGAAUAAAUAUUGAUUUCUGUCAAAUAUAAUGUACGACUAAACAAAAAAUUUAUAAUUUUUAUUAUGUUAUAUUAAUUAUUAAUAUUAUUGCUAAAAUAAUAAUAUUGUUAGUAUUUUCAUUUUUUAUAAACUUAGAGAUAAAGAUUAGGCUUCAGAUGAAGCGUACAAUUGACAAUGCGUUAUAACAGUUUGCUCAUGAAAUACAGAUUGUAAUUUAUAUCAAUAACUUAUGUCAAUAAGAUUUAUCGUAAAAUCAUAUCACAUCACCGUCAUCACCUAUAUUCGUAAGGUGACACAUGGAAAUGUGCAAGUUUACAUAUCGAUCGCUAAAAAUAUCGGUCACUCUGUGGAUUUUUGCGACAGAUUAUUUGCAUUCCCUGAUAUUAAAAAUGUGUUGGUCAAAUAUAAAAAC